CGUAGUAGCACGUCUCUUGUGUAAUACCCCUUCGCAUGCCAGUAACUUCUCCAGAGCAACCAUCAACCACUAUAAGCGAAAGCAUUGCAGCAUGGACAACGAAGGCACAGAACUAGUGGAGGCUUAUGACUACCUAUUUAAGUUCAUAGUGAUAGGAGAAGCAGGGACUGGCAAAUCAUGCCUCCUGUACCAGUGUAUUCAUGAACAAUUCAAAGAAAAUUCAUCUCAUACUAUAGGGGUAGAAUUUUCCAGCAAGACUCUGAGAAUAGGGGAUAAAAAUAUAAAAUUACAGCUUUGGGAUACGGCUGGCCAAGAGAGAUUCCGAUCCGUCACUAGGUCAUAUUACCGCGGAGCAGCGGGAGCUAUCCUGGUGUAUGACAUUACUUCGCGACAGUCUUUCGUUAACCUAAGUCGUUGGCUCACCGACUGUCGAGCCCUUGCAUCCCCCCAUUUAGUAGUGGUCUUGGUUGGCAACAAGUUAGAUAAGGAGGAAGAUCGAGAAGUCGAGUAUACCGAAGGCUCAAGAUGGGCUCAAGAAAACGGCCUCCUUUUCGUGGAAGUUUCCUCUCUUACCGGUAAGAAUGUCUCAACGCCUUUUCUCCUCGCCGGCCGCACCAUCCUUUCAGCUAUAGAUGCUGGAACAUUGGAUCCCGAUUCAGCCGGUUCAGGAGUAAGCUAUGGGGAACGGCAACUGCGAGCGGUCGGAAGUCAGUCAAGACUAAGUGCUGCCUUUGGCUCUUCAGUGAAGCGAAAGCGACGAAGAGAUAGCGUAAGCAUCAGGGAUAUGGUGGGGGGCCAAAGGUGUAGCUGUUAAUAUCCGAUAGAUACCGGGGGCUUCAGUAGUUAUAUCUUUUUUGUCGCCCGUCCAUCCGCGGUCGUUCAUAUGUCGUUGUACAAAUUGUGUAUGUUUCUGCAAUUACCCCAAUUAAUGCCGAAAAGUCCUUGUAGUUUAGCAGGCUUAUGCAUAAGAAAGAGCAGCACCGG